CUUGUUGCCGUGGACUGGGGCGGGUCUUGUACCCCGUGUGGGGGUGUCAGUUGGAAGGGGACAAAGCAACGCUGGCAACGGAAGUUACCGAAAAACUACUACUUACUCGAAAAAUAAGACUUCUGAAACAAAAAUCCAUCAGUGAGGUGAGACUGGGUUAAAAGGCAACACAGAGGAAGAAAAUAACGGUGAAAAAAAAAUCUAAGACGAGCUUCUCGUGCGUGGCUUUGCACGCCUACCUCCCUCCUUCCGCCUCCGCCAGACGUGCGCGUCCACGCGAGGUAGCGUGCGCGCGCGUGUGUUUACAAGUGAGUUUUGAACGAGUGCCAGCAGCGAGGCAACAAGGAGGCAUGGUGGACAACUCAGGCACUAGUAAGGCACAAAUGCCCAGCAUGUCUCAGGAGCCCGGUGUAGCCUUUCCUCAGAGUACCCCUACAGGGGGGAUGAAGCUGGAGGCGGUGAUGGAGCAGCUCCAGCGCCAGCAGCAGGCCCGACUGGAAAUGGAGCGCAAGGAGAGGAAGCUGCGAGAGGCCCACAUCAUGUACGCUCAGCAGGUGGCUGCCCAGCAGGCCAUCCUGGCGGCCGCCCGGGCUUCCGGGGCCAACUUCAUGGGCAAGGGCCUUGCGGUUGGGGCGAUGCCCGGCGGCGGGCUACCUCCUCGCAUGUCCAACCAGAGCAGCGUGGACUCUGAGAAAGAGGACGACGAGGACAGGGGUCGAGAUUCCGCCGACGAGGAGGACGACAACGAGAUGAUGGACGGUGACGAGCGCAGCGACGAGGAGGAGGGUGGCGCCAGUGGCCUGGAGUUCCUCCGCAAGCAGACGCUGGCGCUGCAGCAGAGCGCCGCUCGCAUCCAGCAGGCCCGCCCCUACGGCAGCUUUGCUGCGUCGGCCCCCCAGAGGGCGGCGUCCCCGCCUAUCAGAGUCAAGCAGGAACCCGACGAGGGCCUGUCGCCUGCGGGCGCUCACCCUGCUACCUCCCCAAAUGGGCAGGCUGACUGGAGCUUUGACGACCACUUCAGACAGAAUGGAAGCGCAAGCUGGGCGGACGAGGCUGACAGCAGCAGAGGAAGAGGGGAAGCCUCCCGAGACUUUGCCAAGUUGUACGAGCUGGACAAUGACCCCAAAAGGAAGGAGUUCUUGGACGACCUCUUCACCUUCAUGCAGAAAAGAGGCACCCCGGUCAACCGUAUUCCCAUCAUGGCCAAGCAGGUCCUGGACCUCUACAUGCUCUACAAGCUGGUGACGGAGAAGGGAGGUCUGGUGGAGGUGAUCAACAAGAAGAUCUGGAGAGAAAUCACAAAGGGACUCAACCUGCCCACCUCCAUCACCAGUGCAGCCUUCACCCUGCGCACACAGUACAUGAAGUAUCUGUACCCCUACGAGUGCGAGAGGAAGGGCCUCAGCUCCCCGGGCGAGUUGCAGGCGGCCAUCGACAGCAACCGGCGCGAGGGCCGCCGUCCCAGCUACAGCAGCAGCCUCUUCCGCUUCUCUCCUUCGCCCAGCACGGCUCCGCACAUCCUCUCGCCUCCCAAGAUGCACCUCUCCGCCCUGGCCGCCGGCACCUCGGGGGCGCUCAACGGCCUGCAGGCCUCACCGGGAUCCUCCUUGAAGAAAGAUGACCUGACUCCCUCCAUCAUGGCGGCCAGGCCCUCCAUGGCGUUGGCCUUGGGGCAGCAGCAGGUGGCGGGCUUGGCACGCGCCGCCACGCUGGAGCAGCUGAGGGAGAAGCUGGAGACCGGCGUGGGCGUCGUCUCUGGGGAGGGGCCCGAGAGGAAGAUGGCCCGCCUGGCCGAGGAGCAGCAGCGCCUCAUGCAGCAAGCCUUCCAGCACAACCUGCUGGCCAUGGCUUCACAAAUGCCCAUGAACCUGCGCCUGGGCGCCCCCGCCAUCACACCCAGAGAUGAGAAGCAGCAGGAUAUGUCUCUGAGCAUCUCAACUAAUGGCAAUGCCAGCAUCACCGUCUCAGUGGAGGUCAAUGGCACAAUGUACUCAGGAACACUCUUCGCCCAGAAGGCUGCAGGGGUCCUGGGAGCCGCUGCCGCCUCAGCCCCCCCUGCUGGAUCCAGCGUUGGCUUUGCCUUCUCCGCACCCCCGGCUCAGACCCUCAGCCCGGCGUCCACUUCCUCAUCUUCCUCCUCCUCCAAGGGCCCCGGUUCGGCUGAGCUGGCCCCCAACGGGUCACCCUAAUUGCGAGCGACCUCCUCUCCCCGCCCUCCCCCCCUCCAACGGGCGGCCCCGCAUGAAUAUUCAGUACAGUGAGAAAGAUUACAAACUGUUGCACAACAAAUACCUCAUCAACCCUGUCGACUUCUUGGCUGUCCGACGGUGAAGAGAAUCGUACACCAACACACGUGCUCCAAACGCACAACUAUGCAUUUUACACACGCACACACACGCACACACACACACACACGCUAAACACAAUCAGCGCAGCCAAAACCCACUGACAGGUGUCGUCACAAUUGAACUUGAAAAUCUUUUUAGCAUAUUUUCUUUUGUUUGUUGCCAUUUUGUUGUCUUUAUUUGAUUUAUUUAGGAUUUUGUGUUUUUAGAAUGUUUUUCUCUCUUCACAUACCUCAAAUGGAGCGACCUGCAGUGGUGUCUUUUUACCUCAGGAGUAGAAUAUUUAACCUCAAUCAGCUUCUUUUUCUCUCGUUUUGUUUGUCUCGUACUUUUCCUUUUUGACCUCGCUGCAAUUGGGGCAAAGUCGAGUACUUAGUGGCGCCGUAGACGAGCACAGCAUGAAAUCCAAAUACCUCACCGUUCUCUCGUCACGGACGCUGACACUGAACCCCCCCGCCCCACCCCGCCCACAUCACAUGGACCGGCCUUGUCCCAACAGAACCACAGCACCUCUCUGCACGAGUGCUCUUUCAAAACAAAAAAAAAGCAUUUGUUGGGGCGGGGGAUGGGAUCUGUUUGACCUCUUGGGGCGUGGGCGGGCGGGCCCUCUCCUCAGGAAGCUGGGAAUCACUGGCUCCCCCCCCCAUGGAAGAAUGAAUACCUCAUGAGACUCUCCGUGCGAGGAGAGCGACAUUACAUAUACCUCAUAGGGCGGCCAUGAUGGAAGCCACCCCCCACCCCCGACUGCUGCUCACCUCACCCUCUCUCUUUCUGCGCUGGAUUGUACAAACCGCCGUCUUUUCUAUCCGAGUGAUAUCAUCUGCCUCCCCCCCCCCCCCCCCCCCAGGAGGGGUAGAACUGCUGACAUCCUGGUUCCGACCGAUGCAUGCGUACAAUCACGUGACCUCCAGCUACUUUGCCCACGUUAUUGCACAGCUAGAUACCAAAAAUAACCACAAGGUGGCGCAGUGAAAGCAGUUGGUAGUGCGUCUAGUAGGGGGGUGUCCAAAGCCGUGCCUAUGCAAACAUAAAAAAUGCUGGGGGUCAAUGCAGUACAUGCUAAGCUAACAGAAGCAUCUUAGCUUGGUGUAAUGGUUGGUGUCAUAUCUCUUAAUGAGCUCAUUCUUUAAUCAUCACUUCAUUUUAUGUUUACAGUAUGCCAAGGGCCCAUUUCAAUAAAGAAAGAAAGAAAAUAAACAGCUCAAAAACGGCCCGCAGGCCUCACUUUGGACCCCCCUGACUGAGUACGUCAGGAAGGAUUUACAUGGUAUUACUUGAUGAGUUUAAUGUACGUCUUUAAUGCAAUCCUGAGCCCCCUUCACACAGAAAAGCCCCGCCUUUUUCGUGUCUUUUCCCUGUUCUGUAUGCACGGUACCGGCACAGGAUGGGGUGACAAAAGCGACCUGGCAAUUUACCGCCUUAGGACGUGGUAUCAGAGCUGUAAGGUGGGACGUCGCCUGUGUGAAAGGGUGUUCCGCAAUGCCUGGUCAGACGUCACUCACUUCUCCGACUGUGUUGUGUGAAAGUGCACGUAGUUGCAGGGUUCUGUGUGAAAAGCACAGGUGGACAAAAUCCCAGUUUUACUUUAAGUCUCUGGUGCAGCAGUUUUGCGGCAUCUCUUGUGUGAGAGGCUUUGGCCUUUUCCUGCCUUGUCUUUGCUUUGCUGUUCUGUGUGAACAGCACCGAUCAUUGGGGGACAAAGUUGAUCUGAGCAUUUUCCGCCUUCUGAUGUAGCAUCAGAGCCUCUUUUCACGCAGAGGUGUUGCAAAAUUGGGAUGUAAUGGAAGAACCGUCAUUUGUCCCGCCUGCACCUUUUACACAGAACCAUGUAAAUUGGCUCCCCCCCCCCCCCCCCCCCCCCCCCAGAUCUUCAUUUAAGCUCUGGUGUACCACUUUUGUGGAAUCUUGAUUGUCUGAUUGGCUUUGUCCCUCAUUGAUUGGUGCCACUCAUACAGAACAGCAACACAGAGACAAUGCAGGAAAAAAGCAAGCUUUUCCAGGCAACAGCCUCUUUCACACAGACGCCACCGAAUGGGGGCAUCAGAGACCCACACCUGUGCCUGCAAACUGUGUGCGCUUUCACACAGUGCCACAAUGUGGUGAUAAGGAGAUGCCAGCGUCCGGUGUGACAUGUAGGAUAUGUGGAGAAGCAGGAGAAGUGACUGUCAGGUCUUGUCCCGCCUCUGAUACUACUUCCAAAACUGUCAAAUUGCAGCGUCAUCCCAUUUUGCUUGUGCUUUUCAUGCAGGACAGCGACACGGGGAGAAAAAUGUUUGGUUUUUUUUUUUACCAUGUUCUGUGUAAAAGGGGGAUAUAUGGACUUCAAUCCUGAUAUGCUCUUGAGGCCACUAUGGACUCAUAAAUAAUUAAGAAUGAUCCUCCCUCGUGGGAAUUCCCAUGUCUGGCUUCAAUCUGUGUGAAAGGCAUGAGUGCUGUUGGCGUCCUGCAGAGGGCAGCAUUGUCACAGUGUGACGCUAGUGAGGACAGUUGAACGCUGCCUUAAAGUCGGUCUCUCCAAGCUUAAUCCUUUGGAGAGACCUCUUCACUUCACUUUUGAUUUGAUUUGAUCCUUAAAGGCGGCAGGGGGCGCCUUUCAUGCAGACCUCAGUUUUAUUUUAUUUUUUUGCUAUUUAUUUUUUUGUCUUGAUUUGAUUCUUCCUUUUCUUUAGCAGCAGACAUCUUCUUUUUGUAGUCACAACGUGGGCGGUUACCAAAACGUUGAGCUACAUGCGCUGGUGCACGUCCCGUUUGGCGACUGGGAAUCAAAUCAGGCGCAAUGCGACCAUGGUGACAAUCCUACCAAGAAAACAAUAUGCUAGCUAGCGUGUCCUUUUGACGAUUUCUGCUGGGAUUCAAACAACUAGCUUUCUGCUAGCUGACCUGCUGCAUAGAAGUAUGCAUGGUGUGUGUGUGUGUGUGUGUGUGUGUGUGUGUGUUUGUGUGUGUGUGUGUGUGUGUGUGUGUGUGUUUGUGCGCGCGCGCGUGCGUGUGUGAUGCCAGUAGACCCUUGUCACAUGACGUCGGACUACUUCCUGGAGUUAACCUUGAAAAUCUGGCUUUUUUUUUUUAAAGGCGUUGUUCUGUAUAAGCGACACGAAGGGGGGUGAUGAAAGGGUUCUGGGUUCUUGCUGUAACGAGCUGGAAGGAAGCAAAGUGCGGUUAACACCUGACACUCGCUUCUUGCGCCCUGUUGUGCUGAAAGCAAUUGUCGCUGCCCCACAAGUAUUUUAUUCCAUCUAAUUAUCAGAUUUUCUGUAUGAAAGGACCAACGAUUGCACCAGUAAAUCCCGCUUUGCUGUGUUCAGAUCUUCUGUUGUGGAUGCAGUGCAGCAAUUUUACGGGACCACUGUGCGAAAGAGGCUUUUUUUUGUUUGUUUCUUCCUGUAAUUGCUGCAGCUGUGUGCGCUUUCACGCAGCGUCCCGCAAUCAGUAAAUUAGAUGCCAGCGACAACUGCACUCAACACAACAGGGCGGGAAAUCACUGCCCCGCGUCCCGGCCCUGUUGCGGCUGUGACCGCUGCCUCCUAAGCUGGAAAAUAGCCAGGUCAGCUUUAUCCGUCUGUUUACACAGAACGGCAACGUGGGAAAAAUGCCGGACUUAAAUGCUAAAGGCUUUUGGUAGCUUUGCGUGGCUAAUUAGCAAGGAUAAAAGUUAGCGGCAGAUGCCUCCCAUGUCUCGCAUGUCAGCAAAACGUCGUAAGCAAAACAUUUUUCCCCUGAAGUGCUGUGACUUGAUGGUGAAAAGGGUCCAUGAGCUUACGCCCCCCCCACCCUUGUCUUCGCACGACAAUACCUCAGUGUGGCUGUUGCAGAUGCUGACGCUAAUUAGCGUCAAAAUAGCCAGCUCUGCCGCCGCCGCCGCCGCCGCUUGGCUGAAUGAUACUUUAGACUGACUUUUGGUGUUGCAUUUUGGGAUUUUUCUUUUUUUUUGUCAUCAGUACCUGCAGCCCAAGCGUCGUCGUCGCCGUCACUCGGGAAGCUGUGAAGUUCUGCAGUUUUUUUUUGUUUUUUUUGUGGCUCGGAUUUUUUUUGAGUUAAUUCAGCUUUAAGAUUGUUUAAGAAAUAACCUAAUCUUUGUAAAAAAAAAAAAAAAAAAAAUGGAAAAAAAGCAACAAAAAAAGAAGCAGGCGCAUUAUGCAAAUGAUUAUCAGAUACCUCAUUUAUCCAUUUUCUUUUAUGUGGUCUUUGGCUUGUACACUGCUCCGUAUAUUCAUUCGACUGUGGGGUUUGUGCAUAUUUUUGUACUGUUGUUAUUGUUAUGAUGGACAUUAUGAUGAUAAUGAUAUGACUUCUAUAUUAGUUUUUUUUUCCUUUUGAUUCAAAGCAAACAACGACAAGAAAAGACAAAGUAGGACAAAAUGCGGUGAAUGCUUGUUAAAAAAACCCAGUGGUUUGUGCUGAUUGUAUUUAAGAGGAGCACUUUCCCAACGUGUUUUUUUCCCACACAUUCACUUUUGUUCAUAUUAUUAGUAAUAUAAAGAUAUGGUUCUCAGGGCUUUAAACUUGUAUGUCAUGAUAAAGUUUUACUUUAUAUCUUACUUCCACCCGACUCCUCUUUAUUUCUGCUUUUGUGUGUUAAAAAACCAACAUGAUUGUGUGUUUGGUGUACUUUUUAUGGGCAAAUGUGUCUUUACUUCCCUUUUGACGGACAGAAAUAUUUCAAUGAUUCAGCACCGUGAUGCAGCGAGAUGAUGGCCAUUAGUGUGAUGAUUGAAUCACAUGCUUGGAUGGACUGGUACUCGUACUUGUACUCGUACUCGUACUCGUACCACCGGUGGUACUCAGGAUUACUUCUUUUUUUAAAAAUGCAAACAAAAUGAUUUAUUAGAGAUAUACAGUACGCAGCACUUAUGGAGUACUGGUACAAAUAGACACUUGUGAACCAA